AUGGCGCUGAUUAUGAGCUUGAGUACGAGUGUGAGCGUAAGCAAGUGUUUGGUUCGUGUGGCUGUACCCCAGCAUCAAACAUGGAGAAUGACUUCUCGGCCUACUAGAAACCUGGUCGUGGUGGCGAUGGAGAAAAAACGGCCUCUUCUGGCUCUGGUCACAAAGGCACUCGGUGCCGAUCAUCGCUUCUCACACCCGGAGGAUGAGGAUGAGGAUGAGGAUUCCCUACUCUUGGAGUAUAAGAAUUUUGCUGGAGAGGUGGUUGCAUCAGCUUCAUUUGCUGAAGCAAUAUGGUUUUACCCCUCAGAGGCAGUAGCAAUUAAUGCUGCCUUAACAUAUGCAGGAAUGUUCCAAACUUUUGCACACAACAAGUUUCAGCCAACUGAAUACAUCUCUUUCUCUGAUAACAUGGUUAGUCCUAGUUUUCCACCCAUGAGGAGCAAUAAUAUUAGUGAGGCAGAGAAACUUAUUUCUCAAGGAAAAGUUGCUAUUGUCUUUGUGGACCCCAUAUAUUGCAAUGGAGAGAUAUGCAACUUUAAACAAGAGCAGCUGCAGUCUUUGAGGACUGCUUGUGACAAAGCAGGAGUACUACUCGCAUUCGAUGAGUUUGAAUCUGGGCUUGGUGUAACUGGGCGGCUUUGGGCCCACGAAGUGUUGGGUGUAAAGCGGGAUCUAAUGAUGGUUAAAUUCGGAAGUUUGGCCAUACAUGGUCUCUUGGUGAAUGAAAAAAUGAAAGCCCACAUAUGCAAAUUCGAGGAGGAUUAUAUCCCGGAUGAAUGCAGUGGAGUUUUAGAAUGUUUCAGACUAAUAGCCCGACCCGAUGUUUUGGACAUCACAACAAGAAAAGGCAUAUUCUUAAAAAACAUUUUAAGUGAGAAACUUGGAGGAAAAGGUCAUGUAAGAGAAAUACGAGCAUCCGGGCUUCUAGCUGCAGUGGAGCUAGAUGUUGAAGCGCAACCUGUUGUUGAUAAAUGCAAGGAGAAUGGUGUUCUUAUAAUAUCAGCAGUUGGCAAAGAAAACAAUAUCAUCCAAAUCAAUCUUUCAUUUGGAAUUGGUGUCCACGUUAUGGAAACUAUCGUUAAUAUCCUGCAGGAAUGCCUCAAGGUUCUUGAUUAG